CUAAUUUCACGGUCAUCUAGGAAGGGGUUUUACCCACAGCCAUGUGACUCAUUUGGCAAUAGCGGCUUACACGCUUUGGGAAUUUCCUCUGACACAAUCCAAAGACAGCGCUUGCACAGCCCAAGACAGUAUAUAAGAGGGUUGGGUUACACAGCUCAGACAUCAGAAACCUUCUGACGUAACAAGAGAAGCUCACUGCUCUUUCCUUGCAAGCAGAGACUGAAGAAUCAAGGAGGAAAGCUCACCUCGCCUCUCAUCAUGAAUGGCAAGUUGGUUGUUCCUGUCUUAGCUGUUUUCCUAAUCUACACAGCGAUGUCAGAAGGGAUGAGUCUGGCAAGGAUGGGGAAUGAGCUCCGAUGCCAGUGCAUCAGCACGCAUUCCAAGUUCAUCCCUCCCAGGUACCUUCGGGACGUGAAGCUGACCCCGAGUGGACCUCACUGCCAGAACGUUGAAAUCAUCGCUACUCUUAAGGACGGCAGAGAAGUGUGUUUGGAACCCACUGCUCCAUGGGUGAAGAUCAUCAUUAAAGCAAUUUUGGACAAAGCUGGAGCUAAUGGUGAGGCAAAACGCUAAGAGAAGCCAAAGAAGAAAAAUCUCUGAUGUUCUCCAGUUUCCCCUUGAAGGAAACAUCUCUGUGAAAGUGUCAGUUAGUCUGCAAGCAGCCCACCUCCUCUGUUAAUAUGUUUUCAGGUGGACUCCAGCUAGCAUAUCCAUUUUCUAUUUAUGUAUUUAUUUAUUUAUUGAGGAGCAUCGUUUUAAGAGACUUUUAAAAAAAAAAAAAGACUCAGUUGUCUAUGGGAUAUGCCACUUUCUGAAGUUGAAAACCCUGGGUAGAUUUGCUGAGGGAAAUAAAGACCCUUUGGAAACCCCUUAAGCUGCACAGGGUUGUAUCAGUGCAAUGCACUUGCAGCACAGCUGUAUUUAGUCUAAGACUUGCUCUUUUGCUAGUAGAGGAGUAAACUAGUAACAGUUACCCCUUCCUCUGCACCAGUAUGUUGCAUCAACAGCACAGUGAAUCCUAGCCAGCCUGAGGCUAACUAGUGCCUGAGAUUUUGUGGCUUUCAGAAAUUAAGCAGCCAAAGUGCUGUUUGGGGGGCAUUAUUUAUUAUGCUAUAGCACAUCAAUGUAUAUAUAUAUUUAACAAGUUAAUCUUUGAGUAGAAAAACCUCAGAUUUUAUUUAUUUAAGUUAUUUUGAUUCAUCUGGAUUUUCUUUAAUAUGCUAAUUCCUUAUGAAAAUAGAAUAUUUCACGUUCCUGCUGUUGUGUGGGUUGUUAAUUGUUUUAUUUUGUUCAAUGAAUGGAAAAAUGUUGAGGCUCAUGUUCCCAUUUUCUUAUUCCUGUGCAUUUUGGAAUUCCAUCAUUUUUACAUUAAACUAUAUGCUUAAAAAA